CUUCAAUUAUUAUUGAAAUGUCUGGUGAAUUUCCUUAGAUCUCGAAAUUUUAUAUUUUGUUAUUAAAAAUUAGCCUGGUAUAAAAAAUAAACAAUUUUUAUUGAGAAAUCCGUAUCCAUCGUCGUGUCUGAAGAAUGAAUGAACCUUCGACCAGCACCGAUUCCUGUCAGAAAUUAUUGUAUUCUAUACAUAACUAUUCUAGUUGCCUGCCGACCUAUCCACCAGAGUAAGAAUAGCUCUGAUUGCUUAUAAUUAAACAAACAAAUAACACGUAAACGCGUGUACUUUUUUGUCAAUAUUAUUAUGCUUGAGAAUGUAUUUUUUUAAUGGUUUCAUUGGUAGGUGCCUAAUCGGUUACCAUUUAACAAAUAAUUGUAUGAACUUAAAUAAAUCAUAUAAAUAAUAUUUUAUAAUAAUAAUAAUUUAAAUUAAAUCAUUUAAUUAAUCUCAAUGAUAGUAACUAUGCAUUCAAAACUAAACCAUAAAUCAAUAAACCUUACGAAAAUGUUCCAUUAUUUUUAAAACAAUCUGACAAAUUGUAGUGUUCACUCUAUGAAAUAAAUAAAUAUUUAUUACCAUAGGUAUGUCUACUGGUUAAAGUAAUAUUAUUCUGUUUCUAAAACUGUAAAUUUAUUUUUACAAUAUCAUUUAAACUCAAUUUAUAUUUAAAUGUUAUUAGUGUAUCUUACCUUAAUAUUGUUUUUCUAAUGACCUUGAAGAUGGCAUACAAAAAUAUAGGUACAAUUAUCAUAUGUAAUUUGUUUACAAUACUUAAUUAAUUUUGUUUAAUUGGCUUGAUAAGUUCUAACAUUUAGAAAUAAUCAUAUCAAUGAUAUCAGUAUAUGUUACAAAAAAAUAAAAAUGUUCCAUAAAGUGGAAAAUUUUAAUAGAGUUCAUUGAAAUUAAUGCAUUUGCAUGUUUAGUACCUAAUUUUUUAAAUUUUCGAAGUACUGAAUGUGAGUACAUUAAAUGCAUAAAAUAUUUACCUCAACAACACUGAGUUUUAUCAAUUUAUGUAAAAAAAAAUGAUUAUUGAAAUGAUUGUAACAUACACCGAUCUAAUAAUAAGUCUUCAAUUGUAAACUUGAAGUACAAAAGUCAGACUUUUAUACCUAAAACCUACCAAAAUGUGUGUCUAGAAUAUAAUAUAUUUUUUUUUUAAUAAUUUUAUUAAACCCAAGAAGUUUUAUUCAUAUUAUUAAUGAAUAAAAUAUAUACAGAAAACAUAGUAUUAUACAAAAUGUAGGGAUUUUAUAUGUUUUAUCAAAAUAUGAACCUAAAAUACUUAAACAAAAAUAAAAAAACUGAUUUUACUCAACCUAAUCUAAAAUUAAUAAGCCCACUAAUGAUAUUGUUGCCGAACAUUUAAAUUUGAAAUCAAUUUUUUCUUUUUUGUACAACCACCUAUUGAACUACUUUUUUUUUUUUUUAAUAAUUACAGAAACAUUUUAUUUAAUAAGCAAGAAGAUCAAAGUUCCCGUUGGUCAUCAAUGUCCAAUACUCCACCACAAGUAAAAUUUAGACACAACCAUAUUUUAUUUUAUCAAUUUUUCCUAAUUAAAAUUGUAUUAUAGUUUAUAAUCUUGAAACUACAAAAUAUUUCUAUUGUUAAGUACAUAAAAUUUGGAAAAUAUGACCGGCCACACGUAUGUAAUUUAAAAAAGUUCAAAGUUUACGGUGGAUUAGAAGAUGAUACAAAAAUAGAAUUGCUCUAUAGGUAAUAAUUAAAAACUUAUAUGAUAUAUUAUUUUAUUAUACCAUUUAUAUUUUACCUAUUAUACCAAACCUUUUUUAUUUUAUUUGUCAUAUGGCUUUGUUGCAGCGGUCUCAGUAACAAUACUGAAUUAGAAACAUUUAAUUUACGUCACACUUUAGACAAUAGUUCUAUGAUACCUGUGCGUUAUAUUAAAUUGGAACCUCUUGAAUCUUGGGGUUCAAAUUUUAAUUAUAGCCUUUGGUACGUUGAGUUGCACGGCAUUGAUGAACCUAAUAUUGUGGCUAACGAAAUAACAAAAUUCUAUCAAGUAAGAUCUUAAACUAAUCAUAAUGUUCAAUUUUUAAACAUGGUAUAAUUAUAUAUUACUAGUUCCGUGAAGAAUUAUUAAUCAAGUUAUGUCUUAAGCAUUUUCGUCGAAAUCAUUAUGACUUUGCUACGAAUGCUCUCUUGCACAAUUCUUAUGUUACUCUAGAACAUCCGUUUUUAUCACAACUAUAUGAAACAAUAGUGAUAAAUGGUAAUUAUGAAAUGGCAGAAACCAUAAUGGAUCAAGCUAUAAACGGUAAAUUAUUUAAAUGAAACCACAGUCUGUUGUUAACUUGUAAUAUUGUUCUUCCAGAGGGUUUAUUGGAAAGUUAUAUUGAUAGUCAAAGUUUCAAACCUAUUUGGAAGUUAGUUAAAGAAUACAACAACGAAGGUAAAAAGAGACCAUGUAUGCGUGGUGGUCAUCAGAUGUGUAUGGAUUCGGCUAACGGCAUGUUGUACUUGCUUGGAGGUUGGGAUGGACAUAAAGAUUUAUCUGAUCUAUGGAGCUUUAACAUUACGACUAAUACAUGGCAUUGUGUUGCAGCUAACGUAGAAGAACAAGUAAUAUAAAUUAUUUAUUUAUUUUUAUCAGUAAAUAUCAGAGCCCAAAUAAUUAAACUUUAUUUUACAGGGUGGACCAAGUCCUAGAUCAUGUCACAAGAUGUGUAUAGACGAAGAAAGAAAACACAUUUUUGUAUUAGGAAGAUAUUGUGAAAUUCAAUCAUUUAUUGGUGACUACCCUCAGGUGUUAUAUGUAUUUUAAUUUUUACAUAAAUAUAGAUUGUUUUUCUAUUACCAUAUUAAAUUUAUUUUUGUUUACAGAGUGACUUUUACGUUUAUGACAUUGAACAGAAUAUUUGGACUUUAAUAUGUGCAGACACAAAUGUGAUGGGUGGACCAAAAUUAUUAUUUGAUCAUCAAAUGGUUAUGGAUUCCAUAUCGUCUACUAUUUAUAUAUUUGGUGGUCGUGUUGUUUCGUCUCCUUCCAGGUAAGCAUUAAACUCUAGCCCAUUAUAUUUAUUAAACUUUACUUAAAAGAAAAAAAAAGGAUAAAUAAACAAUUAUUAUUAUGUUUUAGAUGCAGUAAUUCUGAAUCCCAAAAAAAUAAUCCUGAUUUUUCAGGGUUUUAUAAAUACCAUGUCCCAACUAAUACCUGGACAUGUAUUUUACCUGACACAUUCUACGAGAUCAAAGUCCGAGAUGGACUUCUGACACACAACCCACAGACAAUAGCAUCACGUGGUGGACAUUGUAUUUUAUUGCAUUCGGUUUGUUAUUUAUAUUUAUAGUCUAUAUUUAUAUUUUUACUAAUUAUGUUAUUUUGAUCUUCAGAAAAUGAGACGGAUUUAUAUAUUUGGAGGGCAACGACAGAGAUGGGCACAAAAUGAUCCAGAAUUCUUAUGGUAUGACAUUGAAACAGGAGUAACACAACCUAUGCCAUUGCCGUCCACCAGUGAUAAGCCUCCUAUGGGCUACACACAACGUGCUACUAUUGACAUCGAACAUGAUGAAAUAUAUAUAUUAUCUGUAAGAAAAUAUUGUUUAUUUAAUCUGUCUAAUACAGGCUAUUUAAAUGAACUAAUCAUUUUUUGUAUUUAUUUUUUAUUUAAUUAUAAAUGAAGAGUCUUAGCAGAGAUAAGGAACGCAAAGAAGAUAAAGUUCAAAAUGCAUUUUGGGUGUAUUUCAUAAAACAAAACAAAUGGUAAUAUUUGUAUAUAUUUUUUUUUUGUACUGUUGAUUUAUUGUUUAAGAUUUUGAAAGAAGCAAGGAAUAUAUUUUUUUUACUAUUGGUAUGUUAUUAUGUUCAUAUGAUGGCAAAUAUGGUUCAAAACUAAAAUGUAUUCCUAUAAUAUAAACUCCAAAUUUAAAAACAUCAAAUCAUUUCAAAACUAAAACUAUUGCGCUAUGUAGUUUAAGACAUUAAAACUGUUUUAAAAGGUUAAAAUAGUUAAGCAAAUAACCAUAUAAAUAUGCGUUUUUUUGAAACCUAACCAAGCUUUUAUCAGUUUUUGUUUUUACGAUACAUAUCAUAUUAUGUAUUGACUUAAAUUAAAAUUCAUAAUAAAUCAUAUCUUGAUUUCUUAUUUUAUAUUCCCUAAAAUACUUAUGUUAAAAUAUAUUUUAUUCAGUUUUAACAAGAUAACAAAAUUAUUUAUAUUAUUUAAUAUUUAAUUAUAUAUAAAACAUUUUUGUUCAAAAAAUGUAUUGCCAAAGUAUUAAUAAGUUUUAUUUAUAUUUAAUCAUUGUUUAGUUACAAAAAAUAUGUACACACUUGUUUGAUAUAUAACAACUAUGUUUAUUUUAAUUUUAAAAUGUAUAUUGUUCCUUUUUAAAGUUGUUUUAUGUGAUCUAUUAUAUACAAUUUUUCAUCAACAACCUGAUAAUGACUUAAGUCAAAACUAAGUAGUUGUGUAAAUAAAAUUUAUUAACACUUUAUGUCAAUAUAUUUUUUAAACAAAAUAUUUUUAUAUAUAUAGAAAUGCUGGAAAAUGUAUUAAAAACACAAAACAAUUAUUGGACUUUGCUUUGUUGUUACAAAUUAAUACAAUUUUCAAUUAAAAUUUAGCAAAAAUAAAUACUCUGAACUAAGCUCAGAAUUUUUUUUAUUUGUAAAGAUUUGUGACUGCAAAGUACAUACUUUAUAUAAAAUAAAAAUCCUUAUAUUUCUUACUUUCUACAAUAGUCGCCUCCUACUUACUAACAAUAUUCUGUACAAGGUGUUUAACAAUAGACAAAAUCCUCAAAAUGGACAGUGUUUUUUUAAAUUAAUUAUAUCAUACAAUAGAUUGUGUUUUAUAAUGUAUAAUAUUAAAUUAGUUAAACUUCAUAACCCAUUUAAUAUAUGUACAUUUAAUUUUUCCCACAGGAUGUGUAUCUAUAAAAAUCAUAACUCGGAUGAAAAAUAUUGGAAUAAAAUGCAACACUUAGAACCGUGUCCUCGUUUUGCAUAUCAAUUAGUAUACGAUCAAAAAAAUAAGGUAGCUCAAUUCUUUGAGUAUUCAAAUAUUCAACAGUUCCAUUUAUUUUUAAUGAAACUUAAUUUUAUUUAGACACACUAUUUAUUUGGAGGAAAUCCUGGGAAAGCUGAUGCUCAGAAUUUAAGACUGGAUGAUUUUUGGGAACUCAAAGUUUACAGAUGUACAAACCAUGAACUUAGCUGCCGGUGUAAACUGUUGAUCCGUAAAAUUAGGUAAGUGUUGAUAUGGUGUCUGUAUUAAUAAAUUAUCUGUACAAAUUUGUUAUUUUGGUGUGUAGGUUCCAAGAAAUGAAAACAAAAGAUAAAGUAGCUGCCAUGAAGUUCUUACAAACAUCUGUAUCGGAAUUAGUUGAUCACACUGAUGUAGAGCAAACUCGAGAUGUAAGUAAAAAUUAAAUUUAAUUAGAAUAUUUAUGUUAGAACAUCUUAUAAAUUAUUAAAAUAUAGUUUCAGGCAACUGCUACUUUGCUGUUCAAAGAUGACAACCAAUUAGACGAUAUUAAUAAGCAAAUUCACGAGUGGCGUUAUAGUUUGUUUGAGAAGUUAUGUGAUUAUUUUCCUAAAUCAAUGAUUCAACCCAAAGAAGAUUUAAUCAACCUAAUUCCUCUAUAAAUUGAUAAGUACACCUAAACAUAUGUUUUGUUUAUUAUUUGGUUCCUUUAUACUCGCAUUAUUAAUUUUUAUAAUUUUAACACUGUAAUUAAGUAGAAAUAUUGUAAACGAAAAUAUGAUUUAUUUUCAAUAUCAUUUGUAUUGUUAUUUUAUUAUUGUACAUUUUUUCUUUUAAUUACAAACGAAACAACAAUUUUUAAAUUCUCUAAGACAUUCAUGUGCAAUAAUUAUUAAUUAUACCCUGGUGUAGUUAAAAAGACACUACAUACCCAAUUAUUAAGAAUUUAUUGCUAGGCAUUUUUAAUGAAAUUUAAGAAAAAAUUUUAAUUUUUUUACUUCAAUAUAUUCAAACUCUCUUUUAAAUAAUUUUAGAUUCUGAACGAAGCAAGUAAUGUAUUGGUUUUACAGUGUUUAUUUUUUUUUUUUUAUAUAUAUGUAAACAACUUUUCUACCAAAAAUAUUGCUCAGAUUUUUAAGUGUAGCACUUUUUCUGAAAGAAAAUUUUAUCUGGGUGGUACUUUAGGAAUGUUAUUUAUAUUUUCUAAGCAGUUUUCAUAAUAAUUGGGAAAAAAUUUGAGAAAACAAGAAAAUGUAUGAAAUGUAUUAAAUAUUUUGUUUUUUUUUUUGAGAUUCAGCUAGAAAUAUUUGUACAAACUUGAAAUUUGGACAGAAAACUUAAAUUUUCCUUUUCUAAACGUGAUAAAAUGUUAAAUAUAUUUUAGCUAUUUAUAGACAUUUUAAUUUUGCGAGUUUUUUACAUAAUUUUUAUUCGGUAAUUACUUUGUGGAAAAAAUUAUUGAACCAAACAAAAAUGCUUCAAAAUUUAACAGAAGGUUGCACUUUAUAAUCAAAAAAAAAAAUUGAGUGUGAUGUAGAAUUUGAAUAAAAAUUUGAAUAUCAAAUAUUUUGAUGAAAAUCAUAAAUAUCAAAUCUUUUUAAAACAUGUAUAACCAAACUCCGCCCAAAAUCCUUUUUUGUUACGUAGAUAUAUGUAUAUAUAUAUAUAUAUAUAAUUCUUCUCUAUAAUUUCCUACCCUCCUAACUUCUUACCUGCAACAGUGGCCCACCCAUUGUGCAGAGUAUGUCCAUCUUUUUUUUUUUGUUGACCUGUGUCAUUAUCACAAGUAUUUAAUAUGUUAAUAUGAUCAUGAAAUUUGAUUAAAACAUUACUGUUUUACAUGAACAUAAAAUACACUGACUACAUUUAAAAUAAAUACAUAGCUAUUUUCACUUUAUGCUGAACUUUAUCUGUGAUAAACCUUUUUUAUUUGUUUUUUUUUUUUUCAAAAUGACUCAAUUUUAUUAUAUAAAAAUGUUUACUGAUAAUUUAAAUACUUUAUUAUAUAUAGUUGGAGGGUUUACACCUGUUUACAAAUUUUGAAAUAAGCAUUUGACAAACUUAAAAUCAUGGAACUUAUUUAAGAUUUAAUAAUUUCUUUCAUUAUCAAAUUUUUUCCUAAAAUAAAGAAUAUUGCUCUAGAAAAAAAUGAGCUUAAACUCGUUAAUUAGUUGAAUUUUUUUUUUAUAGUUUGAAAUGAUAAAUGUUGGUUAAAAUUCCAAUAUGACAUUCAGCAUUUUUUUCUUAGCUUGUCAGCUUCAUUUAUAGCUUUGAACACCCCUAUAUAUUCCUCAAAUGAAACUAGGGUGAUUAAAUUAUAGACAUAUAGCAUUAGUGUCAAGAAUGUGCUUUUUAAAGGUUCUGAAUUUCAAUUCUACCUCCUAAAUUUGUAUGUGAAAUUUCACAAUUUUUUAGAAUGUGUUAUAGUUGUAUAGUAUUUGAUUAUUUAUUGUUUUACAUUAGAAUAUUUCUAUACUACAAAAUAGUGUGGGAGGGGGAGGUUUAAAUAGUGAAGUGUUCUUCUUUAUAAUUUAAAAAUUGUAAAUCUCUAUGAUUCUAUGAACAGUAAAAACCUUGUUAAAACUGCAUAAAACUCAUUUUUUUCUCAUCAUUUAUCUGUAAGGCAUCAUCUUAAGUAAGCUAAUCCUUUAAAUAAUUUGUAGUAUGCACAUAUCUUAAAAAAUAUCUUAGUAAAAGUACUGAAAUAUAUGUAUUACAAUACUUUUAAUUAAUUAAAUUUUAAUAUUUUUUCGACAUUUUAAUUAAUUUUUUAUGAAAUACAAUUUGUGUUUAUAGAAUAUUUUAUACGUAUGAGCAAAUGAAAUUAUCAUUGUAACAUCGAUAUUCUAGAUGUAUUUUUUCAAAAAGCAUUAUACAGUUCAAAUUAUUUAAAAAUGUUAUUUUUUAUUAUUGUUAUUAUUUUUUUUUUUAUUGCUUGUGACAUUGAUUAAGGCUACUAUUUAAUAAUUUUUAAGAUAAAUGAAUAUAUGGUUGUGUGUCAUAAAGUAAAUAGUUUGAAUCGUAUUUAUAAUUAUAUCAUCUAUAAUAACUAAUUUAAUCUAGAACUAAGAUUAAUUUUAAAAAAAAAAUUCAACGUAUAAUUGAUCUUAAUUGUUAUUUUGUUUAACUGCCUUAACUUCAACCGGUUAACAAUAAAAUCAAUAUCAAUAUACAUGCUAUAAAACAAAAGUCUGACAUCUAAAAUGAGUUCUGUUCUGUUCUAUGUUUUAAUUUUUUUUUCUUGUAAUAAUUAUUAGCCUUGUGAUAUGAAUUUUUUUUUUUAUCUAAAAUAAAAACUUGAAAAACCCGAGAUAUCAAUUUUAUAAAUAUAUUUUGAAACCAAAUUUUGUUAUUAAAAUAUUAAAUGCAAUGCUCCAGAUGUCAGAUCUUCAUGUUAUACUCUAUCAUUUUAUCAACAUUUGUUGACUUACUUUUCUUUUUCACACACAUCUAUGUAUUGUUAUAUGUAUGUAUAUAUUUUGUUCCAUAGUUUAUUGUGUUUUUCUAUUUUUUUCAUAUAUUUUAGAAUAUUAUAAUGUAGGUAAGUACACCAAAAUUUGUAUAUAUUUAUAAAAUACCAAUUUUAUAUUACUUAUUAUGUGUCACAUUUUUAUAAUUUUGUUUAUUUAUGAUCUCUAAAACAUUAAUUUUACCAUUAAAAAAAAUAAAACAAAUGUAUUUAUUAUUUGAACAUAGUUUAUAAUAAAGUUAUACAAAAAAAAACUAUGCC